UUCCAGUCUUUCAUUCUUUUACUGAUUCACUCAGUACAGCUAAACUUCAGUGUUGACAUCAGGUUUCUCUCAGAGGGAUAAAGACAUUGGAUCUACAAUACAGGCUCAUUUGAACUGAACUAAGAGGAACAAGCUCAACAAUAGCUGGACUUUAAAGCAAGGAGGAUGUGUUUAAGGAUGUGACGUCCGACACUCAUAAGAAUCAAGACAUGACCUAAAAACCCACUGACUAGUGACUAGUAGAGAUCAAAACAUGAGGUCCAGAAUGAAAGGAGUUUUUUGGAGUGGCGUUUUGCUGUCUCUCUGCACUUUUGUAAGAGGACAACCAUCCUGUCCUAUAGAGGCGAUAAGAACAGAGCUACAAAAUCCUAAUGAAAUACCAUCCCAGCUGACCUACAACAGUGCUUUUAUGUCUCCAAUUGUACAUUCAUUCCUGGAUUCUGUCCAGCCCAAUCCAUUCCCUAAAGAUCUGCUGGUUAAAAUUAUAAAAGGCGGCGGAACCACACAAAUGCAGGACACGAUUAAAGAGGUUUUGCGCUAUGAGAUAGGUUUCCUGGUCUGUGUGGCCAUUGGGAUCCUCUACAUUGUCCUGAUGCCUCUAAUUGGCCUAUUCUUCGCCUGCUGUCGUUGCUGUGGUAACUGUGGGGGACGCAUGCACCAGAAGCAGACAACGAACAUCCACUGCAAGCGAAGAAGCUUUUACGGCUUCACGUUACUCUUCACUGUACUUAUUCUGGCAGGGAACGUUUGCAUGUUCCUGAGCAGUACUUACACUUCAGAGACUGUGAGACGCGGCUCCACAGAAAUCACAUACAUCUUGGAUAAUUUCAAAAGCUAUAUUACUACUGUUCCUAAGCAAAUCAAACAAGUGACGAAUGAGAGCUCUGUGACUGUGAAUAAGGUCAAACACAACUUAAAUGAAACAGGGCCUUUGCUUGGCAAACUGAUCCAGGAUGGUCUUAAAGAUCCCCUCAACCCAGCAUUCAACUCAAUUACUGAAAUUGCUGAAGUGAUAAACAGCACCAGCACUGGACUGCUGCAGCUUAAUAAAACCUUGGAUCUGUUGAAACCAAAGGUGGAGGCAAUGCAAGCUAAUUUAUCAGCAGUGAGACAGCGGAUUAACAACACUCUACAUAUGUCAGACUGUGUAAACUGCACUUCCUUUCAGCCAGAACUGGACAAACUAUCAUUGGAUGGAAAUCUUGAAUUUCCUGAUCAAAAUGACUUGACUUCUGCUGUAGACAAGGCAAUAAAUGCUAAUGUCACUGGACAGGCAGCAAAGGGGAAAGAGUUUUUUGAAAGUAUUCCUGAAAAGGUGAAAAAUGAGACAACAAGUAGUGUGAUGGUGGCUCUGAUUGAGCUUGACAGAUUAGAACAACAGAUCUUAGGUGUGACUAAAGACCUUCCCCUUGAUGUAUUGGAUAAUAUUUUAAUACCACUAACUGAUGUGAAGAAUUCGAUCUCAAAGUAUUCUCCUGAGAUAGAGAAAUCAACUAAUAUCAGCCGGGCUAUUGGAUUGAUCCUGAGUUGUCUGAUUUUGCUGGUGGUGAUCUGUAAUGUUCUGGGUCUGCUGCUUGGUGCAGUUGGACUAAAUGCUAAAAACAAUCCCACUGAACGCUCCGGUACAUCCAACUGUGGAGGGAUAUUCUUCAUGGCAGGAGUAGGUUUUAGCUUCCUGUUCUCCUGGAUCUUCAUGUUAGUGGUGUUGAUACUUUUCAUAGUGGGGGGUAAUACCUACACACUGGUCUGUGAACCGUGGCAGAACAAGGAAAUCAUCCAGGUUAUUGACACUCCAGGGCUGAUUGAAGGGUUCGACCUGUCCAAGAUUUUGAAUUUGACAACAAACCUUACCAUUGCUAAUGUGUACAGUGAUUGUCAAAAUAAUAAACCCUUGUGGACCACACUUCAUCUGAAUGAGGUCUUCGACCUAAAUAAUAUAUUAGAUAUUUCAAAGUAUGAAAAGGAGAUUUAUAAGAUCUUUGAGGGGACACAAAUCAACAUAGCAAACAUCACCGUCCUCAGUCCGGAGGUAAAGUCCCAGCUACGCAACUUCUCUAGCAGUGCCAGCACUAUGAACUUCAGCAACAUUAUACAGCAGAUUAAUGAUGUGUCAGGGACAAAUCUGAGCUCAGCAGCAGAAAGUCUGGAUGACUUGGCUGGUAAACAGAAAAACACAAAUAUCACUGAGCAACUGCGAGGGGAAGCUAAAGAUCUGCGCGACAUCCAGACUGAUAUCACCUCCAACAUCAUGCCUUUGCUGCUGAAGCUGAACGCUACCAUUAAGAAUCUCAGCGCAGUAGCAUCACAAAUCAAUGCAACUGUGGAGAAUGUUCUUCAAAAAGUUGGUUUUGCUCAGGACAUCCUGAACUACAACAUAUCACAAAUAGUGAAAACUGAGAGCAUGUCAUUCAUUGACUGUCAGCUGAAAAUCUUUGUGGCAUAUGUUCAAUGGGCAAAUCAAACGAUCACAGAGAGGGUGGGUCGUUGUGGGCCUGCAGCUGCGGCAAUAGACAGAUCUGUGGAUCUCCUUUGUAAACACCUAGUGGGAUCUUUGAAUGCCUUUUGGUUCAGUUUGGGCUGGUGUAUGAUAUUCCUCAUCCCCAGCAUAAUUUUCUCAGUUAAACUGGCCAAGUACUACCGCAGGAUGAAGUAUUCAGAUGUUUAUGAGUAAGGAACAUUAACUUCAGGAUGAAUCCUUUCCCAAAGGCCCACAUCAAACCUGAAUUAUUGGAAAAUGAGAAACCACCACCUUUUACAUACGCACAGAAUUAAAUAUGACAGUAAAGUUUGAUUUACACACAAUGUCCCACACAUCAAUAAAUUCAAAAUGGUGGACAAAUAACAAAGCCCCUAAAGGAACUUGGUGAUGGGGAAAAAAUAUGAGAUGGGAGGAAAAAUUAUAUGUGAGUGCUUUAGCAUUCUCUCGCAAACGUUUUGCGUUCCCCCAGAGAAACUUUGCGUUCACUCGCAAAAAACUGAAAAGUUUUGCGAGCAAUCGCAAAGUUUCUUGGGGGAACGCAGAAGCCAUCUCAUAUUUUUCCAUUGCCAUGCUCCUUUAGGGGCUCUGUAAUAAAGAAUGUAGAAAAAAUUAUGCAAAGUAGCAUCUGAGUACUGUUAGUGGCGUAGACUCCACCAUAGAUAUAAUUUCUUGUGUCAAAUGAUUUCAACACUUACUAUUUAAAUGAAAAGAACUUUACUGUUACAACUGUAAUAUGUUUUUUGUAUUAUAAGGGAUUAAUGGGAGAUCAAGCAUUAGAAAGCACUUUAUGAGGUCCUGUAGGCAUUGAUAUUUAUUUAUGCCAUUUUUUUAAAAAAGAAUACAUGGGUAUGCUGUUAGAUGCAGUAUACUGCUGACAUUGUACAUUUGAUUAAAACCACAACAUUUCUAUCAGAUUGUUCUAAUGAGGAAUUAGCAGACAGUGACUGCUGGCUUCUUUUGGAAGAGGUGCUGUCUAAACAUUUCUAUUGUCAUGUAUUAAUCACAAUAAUAAUAAAAGGUGCUCGUACUUCCAUGUG